AUGUACAUGUGCAAGGCGGAGGCAUCUAACCCCUUCUACCACCUCCCUACGCCAGUCGAUCAAAUCACCGAGGUGCUUUUCACUUCGCCUACCACUUCCGCCCCUACCGCGUCCUCCUCAGUCGACGCCUCUGCAUUCACCACCACACCGACCUCCUUCCGACCCUCCCUCAUUGACAGCGGCAUCAAUACCGAAUUUCUUAUCCAAGUGCAACCCAUCCGUCUAAUUGUGUUCUCACGUCCGAGAAUGCUUCCUGGAAAUCCGCGGCUCGUUGAUAUCAAAACGUCCACUUCCUCUGCACCACACAACUCCUGGACAACGCGAGGUCACUUCAAUGAUCGCCCACUUCGGCGCCAAGGCAGCAAACCACCCCUACUUCCACCGUGGGCCUAUGUUAACCGUCCAGUUGCCAGGGAGGGCGAAAAAAUGGUUCUGGAAUGUGCGGCACGCGGCAAUCCGCCUCCCAAGUUGGUAUGGUUCAAGGGAGGAGGUGGCAGUAACUUACCACCUCCGGAAGGCCUUGCCUCUCUCCACGAUGUCAAUUUUGAUGUAGGUGUACGCGAAGCCUUAAAUUACCUUCCAUUGGUGGAAGCAAUGAAAUACUUGGGCACAAGGGUAGCCGAAGAUGACCAACUCUUUCCAGCCAUUGUGGAGACACCCACGAAGACCAACCUCUCCGGUGUCAUAUCUCUAGCAGACAUGGAAGGUGCACAUCUGACAUCGAAGGAGACCGAUUUCACUGGAACCCGACUGGACCGAUUUUCAGUAGUGGCGGGUCUAAGAAAAGACGAUACUGGUGUUCCUAUGAUUGCAGUAUCAAGACUUAUUGUUGAUGAUUUGGGAGUUUCCGAUGCCACUAGAUAUACCUGUCUGGCUCAACUGGAUAUGGCACCACUCGGAGGACACGGCAAUUGGACUGACGUUGGCAGGUUAGUCGGUAACCCUGAUGCAGAGAACAAUUCAUUAUUGCUGCUUAAAGUCUGCUUGCUGCUGGACGACGCUGCGUCCUUCUUAGCUCCACGACCUGAGAACAACAUGCUGGCUGGCUAG